GCGGCGGCGGCGGCGGCGUGCGGCGGGAGGCGGGUGACCCGCGGACGGGCGCCUCGGCCAUGACUGCGGAGCUGCAGCAGGACGACGCGGCCGGAGCAGCCGAGCGGCACGGCUCGAGCUGUCAAAUGCUGUUAAACCAACUGAGAGAAAUCACGGGUGUUCAGGACCCUUCCUUUCUUCAUGAAGCCCUGAAGGCCAGUAAUGGUGACAUCACGCAGGCAGUCAGCCUUCUCACAGAUGAACGUGUGAAGGAGCCCAGUCAGGAUCCCGCGGCUACAGAACCAUCUGACGUCGAGGGUCAUGCGGCCAGCCAAGAAGCCUUAGCAAAAGUUAUUGAUCUUACUCACGAUAGCAAGGAUGAUCUUCAGGCUGCUAUUGCUUUGAGUCUCCUGGAAUCUCCCAAAAUUCAAGCCGAUGGAAGAGAUCUGAACAGGAUGCACGAGGCAACCUCUGCAGAAACAAAACGCUCCAAGAGAAAACGCUGUGAAGUGUGGGGAGAGAGUCUGAAUCCCAGCGAUUGGAGGCGAGUGGAUGGCUGGCCCGUCGGGCUAAAGAAUGUCGGCAACACAUGCUGGUUUAGUGCUGUUAUUCAGUCUCUCUUUCAGUUGCCUGAAUUCCGGAGGCUCGUGCUCAGCUAUAGUCUGCCCCAGAACAUUCUAGAAAACUGUCCAAGUCACACGGAAAAAAGAAACAUCGUGUUCAUGCAAGAGCUUCAGUAUUUGUUUGCUCUCAUGAUGGGAUCAAAUCGCAAGUUUGUGGACCCCUCCGCAGCCCUGGACCUUUUAAAGGGGGCAUUCCGCUCCCCUGAGGAGCAGCAGCAAGAUGUGAGUGAAUUUACACACAAGCUCCUGGAUUGGCUAGAGGACGCGUUCCAGCUAGCUGUUAAUGUUAAUCCCGGGAACAAAUCUGAAAACCCAAUGGUGCAGCUCUUUUAUGGAACUUUCCUCACAGAAGGGGUUCGUGAAGGAAAGCCCUUUUGCAACAACGAGACCUUCGGCCAGUAUCCCCUUCAGGUGAACGGUUAUCGCAACUUAGACGAAUGUUUAGAAGGGGCCAUGGUGGAGGGCGACAUCGAGCUGCUUCCUUCAGAUCACUCGGUGAAGUAUGGACAAGAGCGUUGGUUUACAAAGCUACCUCCGGUAUUGACCUUUGAACUCUCAAGAUUCGAGUUUAAUCAGUCACUCGGUCAGCCAGAGAAAAUUCACAAUAAGCUGGAAUUUCCUCAGAUCAUUUACAUGGACAGGUACAUGUACAGGAGCAAAGAGCUUAUUCGAUCAAAGAGGAAAUGUAUCCGGAAGCUAAAAGAGGAAAUAGAAGUUCUGCAGCAAAAACUGGAAAGGUACGUGAAGUACGGCUCGGGCCCCACUCAGUUCCCGCUCCCGGACAUGCUGAAAUACGUCAUUGAGUUUGCCAGCACGAAACCUGCCUCAGAAAACCCCACGCCGCAGAGUGACGCUCGUGUGACGUUGCCGCUCCCUUCAGCGCCCUUCCCGCCUGCUGACCCAGCACCCGAGGAGAGUACAAGCAAAGAAGCCUCUUCUCAGGAUGGCGAAGGCACAUUUUCUUCCGAAGAUUCGUUACUCAAGCUUAAGACGAUGAGUAAGACACUUCCACCUUCCCGGACUUCCUUGGAAAUGCCCGCACACCCCGCUCCUCGGACAGUUACGGAUGAGGAGAUAAACUUUGUGAAGACCUGUCUCCAGAGGUGGAGGAGCGAGAUUGAACAAGAUAUACAAGACUUAAAGAAUUGUAUUGCAAGCACUACCCAGGCAAUUGAGCAGAUGUACUGCGAUCCUCUUCUUCAUCAGGUGCCUUACCGCCUCCACGCGGUUCUUGUUCAUGAAGGACAAGCAAAUGCUGGCCACUACUGGGCCUACAUCUACAACCCGGCCCGACAGGUCUGGCUCAAGUACAACGACAUCUCUGUUACUGAGUCUUCUUGGGAAGAACUGGAAAGAGAUUCUUAUGGAGGACUGAGAAAUGUCAGCGCUUACUGUCUGAUGUACAUAAACGACAAGCUCCCCCACGUGAAUGCAGAUGCAGCUCGGAAAGAAGCAGAUCAGAUGCUAGGAGAAGUGGAAGCUCUGUCUGUGGAGCUUAAGCAUUACAUUCAGGAGGACAACUGGAGGUUUGAGCAGGAAAUAGAGGAGUGGGAAGAGCAGUCCUGCAAAAUCCCUCAGAUGGAAUCCUCAGCCAACUCAGCGUCCCAAGACUUCUCCACAUCACAAGAGUCAGCCGUUACCUCUCAUGGAGCUCGCUGUCUGUCAUCGGAGCACGCGGUGAUCGUGAAGGAGCAGACGGCCCAGGCCAUCGCCAACACCGCCCGCGCCUACGAAAAGAGCGGGGUGGAAGCAGCCCUGAGUGAGCGUGAGGAAACCAACCCCACGCAGCCCAGGUCCCCGGAAAAGCUUGCAGAGCCGUCAGAGCAGCCCCCCGAGGCUGCUGGCGCAGAGCCUGUGGCCGAGCCUAAUUCCGAGGUCUCUGAAGUCGAGAUCCCCAGUGUGGGGCGGAUUCUGGUUAGAUCCGAUGCAGACGGCUAUGAUGAGGAGGUGAUGCUGAGCCCCGCCAUGCAAGGGGUCAUCCUGGCAAUAGCUAAAGCCCGGCCGACCUUUGACCGGGACGGGUCUGAAGCAGGGCUUAUUAAGGCCUUCCACGAGGAGUACGCCAGGCUCUACCAGCUCGCCAAGGAGACCCCCACAUCUCACAGCGAUCCCCGCCUUCAGCACGUGCUCGUCUACUUCUUCCAGAACGAAGCGCCCAAGCGGGUAGUAGAACGGACCCUUCUGGAACAGUUUGCAGAUAAAAAUCUUAGCUAUGACGAAAGGUCCAUCAGUAUCAUGAAGGUGGCGCAAGCGAAACUGAAGGAGAUUGGUCCAGAUGACAUGAAUAUGGAGGAGUAUAAGAAGUGGCAUGAAGAUUAUAGUUUGUUUCGAAAGGUGUCUGUGUAUCUCCUCACAGGCCUGGAGCUCUAUCAGAAAGGAAAGUACCAAGAGGCUCUCUCCUACCUGGUGUACGCCUACCAGAGCAACGCAGCGCUGCUGCUGAAGGGCCCCCGGCGGGGCGUCAAGGAGUCCGUCAUCGCCUUGUACCGCCGGAAGUGCCUCCUGGAGCUGAAUGCUAAAGCGGCUUCUCUCUUUGAAACAAAUGACGAGCACUCGGUCACGGAGGGCAUUAACGUGAUGAACGAGCUGAUCAUUCCCUGCAUUCACCUCAUCAUUAAUAAUGACAUCUCCAAGGACGACCUGGACGCCAUCGAGAUCAUGAGGAACCAUUGGUGCUCUUACCUGGGGCAGGAUAUUGCAGAAAAUCUACAGCUGUGCUUAGGGGAGUUUCUGCCCAGGCUUCUUGAUCCUUCCACGGAAAUCAUUGUCUUGAAGGAGCCUCCAACCAUCCGACCCAAUUCCCCCUAUGACCUCUGUAGCCGAUUUGCCGCCGUCAUGGAGUCCAUUCAGGGGGUCUCAACAGUGACAGUGAAGUAAGCCCCCGUCUGCUGGGGGCACCAUCCCAGUCUGUGGUCGCCUGCCUGUUGCCCGGAAGUCUGUGGACAGCGUGUUAACCUUGGGAGAGGGAUUAGACGGAGAAGGGAGAUUCCUGCCCGGACCCCAGCCAUGCCCUGUGUGCGACGGAUUGAAAGUACACUCAUGCUUUUCCAACACAGAAUCAUGUAAGCAGUACGAUGGAAGGGACUAGAAAGGCAGGAACCAGCGCUGUAUUAGGUCUUGAAUCAUGCCCGAAGGUCUGAAAGGGCUUCUGGCACCUACACAUGCUUGGGCUCUCCCACACCACUUGCCAUUUAAAAAAAAAAAAAAAUCCUCUACCCAGCAUCAAAAUUUCUGCCUCCAGCAGCUCUGCGUCAGAACCCAGCCCAAAUGGACAGCUCCGAGGCACUGCGGUGGACAACUGUCGAACUGGGGAGGGCUGCAAGACCGGUGAGCGAGAAGCCUCCACUGGCUCUUAAUAGGAGCCGACAGGCUGUGCCCCGAGUGAGGUGCUAACCACGCCCCGUCUUAAACUGGGGGCUGGCAGCUAAGAUUCCCGUGGCGAGAAGCAGCUGCUGAGUCGCCAGCAAACCAUCGCUCCCUUUUCUCCUCUUAUUUGAUGUUUUUAAAUAACCAGAGAACCUCAUGCCCAGUCCUGGACGAAAGGAAGGGAAGUAUUACUAGGUGGACUAGCAUCGUGAAACUUGACUAACUUUGAGCAUUUUGGUAACUGUUCAGGUAAACUUCUACAGCAUCCGCCGAUCUUGAAGGAUGUGUCCGAGGCUGUCGCUGGCCACAGAGUCAACACUUUUGAUGGCCCCACCCCUUGUUUUGUUUUGUUUUGUUUUGUUUUCUAACUUGGUUUUGGUUUUGGUUUUUUGCCUUGGAAAAAAUAAAGGGGUGUGGGUUUGUAAAAAGAUAUAUAUAUAUAUAUAUACAUAUAUAUAUGUAUAUGUAGAGAGAAAUAAUCUGACCAUUUGUACAAGGCUUCAGAUUGGAUAUUGUGUCUUAGCCAAAUUUUCAGAUUCCUGAGGGAACCGUGGGAGGGAAGAACACUUCUACAUAACUAUGCAGAUUUUAUAAAUGUGCAAUAAAAGUAUUUGUUUUACUU